UGUAGCUGUGCAUCGGAGCUUGGGCUGAGGCUCUGGGCUCAGCGGGGCGCGGGGGAGGCGCGAGGCGGAACUCAACAGCGCUGCCCAGCAGGUGGCGCUGUUGCCCCGUAAUGUCCCCCGGGAACGAGUCCGCGGCGGGCGUGUCCCUUUCCUUCGACCCGGCCUACCUCGGACGCAUGCGCGGUCACUGUUGGGGCGCUGCGGCGCGCGCGGGAAAGGCGAGCUCUGCCUGCCGCGGCCGGACCCGCCUCCCCUGCUCCGCGCGCGCCAGCCGCAGUUCUCCUCUGCUGAGUGCCUCAGUCUUCCUCUCUGUAGAAUAGCGGUGAUGUGCAAAGAUCGUUGAGACCUCUGGAAGACAGCUGCUAGAAAGAAUGAAGGUCAUCACUUGUGAAAUAGCAUGGCACAACAAAGAGCCGGUGUAUAGCUUAGACUUCCAACACGGAACAGAUGGGAAAAUCAAUCGACUGGCCUCCGCAGGAGUAGACACAGCUGUUCGUAUAUGGAAAGUGGAAAAAGGACCAGAUGGGAAAGCAAUUGUGGAAUUCUUGUCCAAUCUAGCUCGACAUACCAAAGCAGUGAAUGUUGUGCGUUUCUCUCCCAGUGGUGAGAUUUUAGCAUCAGGAGGAGAUGAUGCUGUGAUUUUAUUGUGGAAAUUGAAUGAUAACAAAGAACCAGAACCAAUAGCAUUUCAAGAUGAAGAUGAAGCUCAGCUGAACAAAGAGAAUUGGACAGUAAUUAAAACUUUAAGAGGCCACUUAGAAGAUGUGUAUGAUAUUUGCUGGACCCCUGAUGGAAACUGCAUGGCAUCUGCAUCAGUAGAUAACACAGCUAUAAUGUGGGAUGUCAAUAAAGGGCAAAAAGUUUCAAUUUUUAAUGAGCACAAGAGUUAUGUACAAGGAAUAACAUGGGAUCCUGUAGGCCAGUACAUUGCAACCCUUAGCUGUGAUAGGGUGCUGCGGGUGUACAGUACACAGACUAAGCGUGUAGCAUUCAAUGUUACCAAGAUGCCAUCAGGAGCUGAAGGCGAGGUGAGAAGCUAUCGGAUGUUUCAUGAUGACAGCAUGAAAUCAUUCUUCCGCAGGCUUAGUUUUACUCCUGACGGCUCUUUGCUUCUCACUCCAGCUGGCUGUGUUGAAUCAGGAGAGAAUGUAACCAACACUACAUAUGUUUUUUCGAGAAAAAAUCUUAAAAGGCCCAUAGCUCACCUGCCCUGUCCUGGAAAGGCAACUCUAGCUGUUCGCUGCUGUCCGGUCUACUUUGAGUUGAGACCAGCACGUAAGAAAGAUGAAGCUUCACAGACGUCAAUCCCUGCUCUAAUAAAUCUGCCCUAUCGGUUGGUGUUUGCUGUUGCUUCAGAAGAUUCUGUGCUUUUCUAUGAUACACAGCAGUCCUUUCCCUUUGGUUAUGUAUCCAACAUACAUUAUCAUACUCUGAGUGACAUUUCAUGGUCCAGCGAUGGAUCCUUUCUUGCUAUUUCUUCCACGGAUGGAUACUGCUCUUUUGUGACAUUUGAGGAGGAUGAGCUUGGAGUACCGUUGAAAGAGAAACCGGUGUUGUGUGUCACGACCGCUAGUGCAACAGAGAAGAAAAUGAAGAAGAGUCAGUCACAGAAGGUUGUCUCCCCAGUCCCCCGGCCAAUUGAUGGAACCCCUCCGAACAGGACCGUGGAUCCAAGUAAUCUCACUCUCCAGCCUAAAACACCAGCAGCAAUAAUAACCAACAAGGAUUCUCCCUCAACACCCGUUGGCAUCAAAAAUAUUCCGGCUUCAUCCUCAGACGAGAGGAAAACCAUGCAGCCAUCCAGCCAAAGUGCUAAAAUAAACCAACCCAGGAGGAUUACUCUAAAUGCUUUACACGGUUGGAGUAAGACGCCAAGGAGAAUAAACUUGAUUCCUCUGAAGACAGACACGUCAAACUCAACACACACAAAUCUAGUGUCCACACCUUCCUCCUCAGAAGCAAUUCAACAUGAGAUACCUUCUCCCUCUGAUGAUCCUGUGCACAAUCCCCCAGCAUCUAAACGUCCCAGAAUUGAUGAAACUCCUGUCUCUGUAUCUUCUGAAGACCAAACCAGCUGUAGUUCAAACAACUGAAGACCAAAAUUUCAAUAAACUCACUGUCUGGGGGCAAUGCAGCUAGACCAGAAAGUAAAUUCCCUUUCUGCAAGUGAUAGAGAGCCUCAACAGCUAAAUAGAGUAUUAAGGGGGUUUAACAUAAGGUGUUGUGAAGGAGGGUAUCUGCAGCAGAAAAGACUGAUUUUCUGCAAAAAUCCUGUUCUGGGGAAGUGAAAAUAGUUGGAACUUAACUGUGCUUGUAUCGUCCCUUGAACACUGCUUUCUAAACCAAGUAGUGUCAACUGCAUGAUAAAGCAUAGUGUUUGUAGGCAAUAUUGGUAUAGAAAUGUCUUGACAACCUAAGAGUCUCCUUCAUAAUCAUCUCAUUGAUAUUUUUAAAGUAUUAAGUCUUCCAGCAAGUCUGUCUUGCAGAAGAGUGGGAUUUUUAAGGAUUUGUCUGUCUUCAUAGUGUUUUAACGUGGCUAACAACUGUUUAACUGAGGCAAUUGACUUCUACGUUGCACAGUUAAGUUUAUCAGUUCACAAGAUAAUUAUGCACUCUGACUUUCAUUCCAUUUGGAUGUUUAAUGUUUAUGUGCUCCACACUUGAAAAUGCAGUGCAAUAUCAGUGGUAUAAUUGAAAUAAAAGUCACAAACUCAUAACUGCAAGGAAGUGAAAAAUAUUUUUGUUUAAAUGUUAUGGGCAUUCAACAAUAGAAACAGAUUCGUCUGUUCAUUCUCUGUAUUAAAAAAUUGCAGACAUGAGGUUUUCUGGGGACAGCAAAGGAUUGCGAUAUAUAUGUUGAAAUUACUGGUUUUCCCUGUUUUUCCAUAGUCCAAAACCUGCUCCCUUAGCAAAAAAUAAAUGCAUAAAACCAAUGUAUGUUAAGGUUUUAAUUUGUGUGUUUUUGCACUUAGUGCUCUUUGUGUACCUAACAUGAGACCUUAGGUUUGGAAACAGUGAAAUCAAAAUGGAACUAUUGUGAAACCUACUACACUUCAGAAUGUUCAGCCCUGGUGGUGAAGGUUGGAGAAGGAGCAAGGGAGUACUUUGUAACACGCCUUCCCUGUUUAAAAGAAAAUGUAAGAUAAUGCUUAAAUAAGUGAAGGACCCUUUUAAUUGACUUAAACUGCCACUUAAAACCCUUUUUCAGGUAAUCUCUUCUGAUUAAGCCUCUGCUUCCAACAUUUGAAGUGUUAAUGUACAUAGUUGGGAAAAAAAAAAAGUUCCAAAUUCAUAUUAAAGCUUUUUUCUACCUA